AUGACAUUUGGUAUUCGUAAUAUUGUGGGCAUUCAUCGUCUUCAUAUAGGUCAGAAAAAUUAUUUAACUCCUUUGUUAUUCAAAACAUAUGAAAAAUGGUCUUAUUGGAAAAAAGAAGCAUUUGAUUAUCUUAUUUGGUGUCAUUUAUCUCAUGCACUUGACUUUAGUAUUGCACUUUUAUGUUGGCUUUGGAUAUUUCCAAUAACAUUUCCUGAAGCAAAUCAAUGGCAUAUUAAAUGGGUAUCACGAGUUUUUCUUUAUAAUAUAGCUUGUGAAUUUAUUUUUUAUUCAUUUUGGCAUUGGAUGACUUAUGGAUGUACAAGUCCAUAUCCUCGAGGAUCAUUACAUGAAAAAAAAUGUAAUCCAAUUAAUCAAUAUGAAGAAAAAAUCAACAUCAGUUAUUAA